UUACCGAGCAGCCGCGUGUUUCAUUUUCAACUUUGCACUUCAUCAUGGAUAAUAUUGCACAAAAACUAGUGAUAUUUUUCUGUUUUGCAUUACUAACUAAUGUUCAUUACUGCCAAGCAUUCGAAUAUAAUUGUUUUAAAGAAGGAUUUUUUGCCAUAUACCAAGAAAACUGUACUUCUUUUUGGUAUUGUGUUAGCAACACCGCUGGACAGUUUUAUGCAAUGAGGUAUGAGUGUCCUGAUGAUCAAGUAUUUUCAAAUAAAGAACAGAAAUGUGUCCCAAGUAUGGAUAACCAGUGUGAUGCUGCAUCGGAUAAUAAUUUUGGCGAAGACGUAAAUUCAUCCGAUCAGUUCAAGUGUCCAUCCCAAGGGCGCUUUCCUGACAAGGAGGCAAUGGAUUGUAGAUCUUACUAUUUCUGCGAACCAAUUUCGGGAAAUGAAUUUGUCGCCACACUUACAAUUUGUCCGCCGUCCACUAUAUUUUCCUGGACAGAGAACAAAUGUGUGGUGGCAUCCUCUUAUAUUUGUCCUAACACUGUAACAACAACGGAGUCCACAAUUACUACGCCCGUAACACAAACAACUGGACCAGUUGAUUUCGUUUGCUCGAACAUAGGAUCGUAUCCAAAUCCAAUUUCCUCGGAUUGCAAAGAUUAUUACAUCUGUACAACAACGCCGGAUGGAACAUUGGAAGCAACGUUAACAAAAUGCACCGCGGGAACUAUUUAUUCGCCAAACGACGGAAGAUGCUUAUCAACAGAUCGCUACCAAUGUCCAGGAAUGACGACUACCUCUACUACUCCAACAACAACUACUACUACUACUAUUUCUACUACUCCUACUACUACUACUUCUACUGAAGAUCCAGACCAGUUUUUCUGUACAUCAACGGGGCGUUUCCCAAAUUCGGAGUCAGAAGAUUGCAAAACCUACUACAUUUGCACGGAACGCAUAGAUGGAACCAAAGUUGCCACCCUAGCGAGGUGUCCAACGAAUAAAUUAUUUUCCUGGGCCAGUAAGAUAUGUGUUCCUGCAGCAUCCUACAUCUGUCCAGUUGAAAUACCACCCACCCAGUCACCCCCUUUGACGACGCCAAGUGUAGAGAAAUUUGUUUGCACAACGACAGGGGCUUUUCCCAACUAUGACAAACUCGAUUGUGGAUCAUAUAAAUAUUGUCUGCGAACAGCUGAUGGCAAAUUCCUAGAGUACAUUUUCCAUUGCAUCGAAGGAUGGCAUUUCAACCCAGGUCAGUCUCAGUGCACCAAGAAUUAUUCCUGUCCGUACAUAACCACACCGGCAGCUUGAGAUCCAACCGCAACGUAUGCUUCUUUCAUAUGGAACGAGAAUAGCUGUUUCUAUCAUCCAGUAACACAGAGCUGUGUAACAUAUAAAAUGGUCUAAAAAACCGCCAGUGGUGAAUACAUUGAAUUUACGUUCAAGUGCAUCGUUGUUUCAUCCAAAUAGAAACAGAUAUGGCUCGAUUACCACAGCCGUAUCUGGCAAAACGAUAAGGAAUCAUCGAAAUUUUGCAUGUAGAGGAAAAUAUCUUCAAAAGGUGUAUGAUAUAAGUAAAAAGAAAUUAAAAUCUGAUUUUUAUGUAUCUUCAAUAUGUGCAAAUGUGUAA